GAGGACUGAAGCUGCGGCUCGGUUAGCUAACAGAUUUUAACUCCUGUUUAUUGUCACCACCGACUAUAUAUCACGAUGCCACCGAAGACUAAAAACAAAAAAGCUGGGAAGGGGAAGUCUUCUGCGGUGGUGGACGGUCUUUCAACGGAGGAGAUGUCCAAGGAUCAGCUGGAGGAGCAUAUAGUUCGCCUCCGAGAGGAGCUGGACAGAGAGCGGGAGGAGAGGAGCUACUUCCAGCUGGAGAGGGACAAGAUCCGGUCCUUCUGGGAAAUCUCCAAGAGGAGCCUGAAGGAGACGAAGGCCGAGCUGAGGAACAGGCACAGAGAGAAAGAGGAGGCAGAGGAGCGCCACCGGGUGGAGAUCACUGUGUACAAGCAGAAGCUGAAGCACGUCCUGUCUGAACACCACAACACAACAUCCGAGCUGAAGACGGACAGUGUCACCUCAGCUUCGCUGAUCCAGAACCAGCACACAGAGUCAGAGCUCGGGCUUCAGAGAGAAAAGCACGGCUUGCAGGCCGAUCUCAGAGAGAAGAAUCUCCACAACGAACACUGCAUCAAGAUGCUCAAACAGAAACACCAGGUUGAGUUCAUGGAACUUGCAAAUGACUAUGAAAGGAGAGUCAGAGAAAUUGAGGCAAAGUAUCACAAGAAAAUGCAGUUGAUCCUCGAAGCGGAGGGCAAAAAGCAGAAAGCUGAGAUCAACGAGUUUGAGGACAGAAUGAAGAGUCGUGUUGUGACUCUGGUGGAGAAACACGACAAAGCCCUCAGAUCGGCUGAGCAGGAAUACUCUCAAAUUCAAGGUCAUCUGCUGUUCCAACGGAAUGUGCUGAAGGAACAACUCACAGAAGUGAGGAAGCAGCAGGUGCGAGUGGAAAACCGGCUUUCAGCAGCUCAGCAGGAGAACAAACAUUUGAGGGAGUCUCUGCAGGAGGCCCAACAGAAGCUGCCCGAGCUCCAAAAACAGCUGGAACUCCACAACCAGGCCAAAGCCAAGAUGGCGAUGGCUAGAGCUCGAGUGAAGGUCACUGAAAAGGAACUGAGAGAUCUGACAGUGGAGCACGAGCUGCUGCUGCAGGCAUUUGAAAAGGUUCAGCAGGAGCGUGAUGAGCUGUUGAAGAAGCAGACGGAGGCUAUUCUCGAUGUCCAGCAGAAAAGCGGACUGAAGGAACUGUUGCUGGAGAGGAAGUUGGCAGCGCUGACAGAAACUCUGGAGAAGAAGGAGGCUCAGCUCUGCGCUGCGCUCUCAGCCUCCAACAUCGACCAAACUGCAGGCAGCUGUGCCGAAAACAAACUUGAGGAAAUAUUGGAGUCUAAACAGGACACCAUCAAAGCCUUGCAGUGCAAUUUGGCUCAAGACUGUAAGGAGUAUGAUGACCUGCUGCAGACCUGUCAGGAGAAGCUGGAGGCUUUGGGCGUCCCUCUGUACGACUUUCCCUUCAGUCCCUCGAAGCAGAUCUUGGGUGGACAGACUCGUGUACAGAACUCUGCUGGACUUGCCACGAAACACUGAACUCCUCAGGUGUCAGGUUUACACUCACCUGCUCUGCCUGGACACUUUCCAACCAAAACUACUUCACUUCUCUACUCCUCUUUCAUUUUAUCAUUUCCUACCAUUUCGAGUGAGAUAAGUAGAUUUUUCAAAGUGUUUUUACACAAAUAUAAGUGCACUUUCUGAGGGGACUAGUCCUUCUUCCUGAUGCUGCUGCUGAUGAGUGUUUACCAGGUAAACCAAAU